UACAAACUCUCUUUUUCUCUCCUUUCUUUUAUCUUUCAUCUCUCUAUAUGUCCAUAUAAUUACCGGGGCAGUUGAGCAGAGGGUGAACAUUGAAAUUGAAGUAAAAAAGCAAAAAAAAAAAAAGAUCGAGGAAAAGAGAGGGCCUUUUCAGUGCCCUCUUCUGUAUAUAUGCCUCGCCUCUGAUCUUGAGUUCAAAUCAGUUUUCGUCCGGGUCUACCUCUCUUGUCAUAGGAGAUCAAUAUAACUGGUUUGUGCAGAUCUCAAAUGGAACCUGGUAAAGUAUUUGUUGGUGGGAUUUCUUGGGACACCAAUGAAGAUAGUCUCAGAGAGUAUUUCCAAACAUUUGGUGAAAUAGUCGAGGCAGUGAUCAUGAAAGAUCGGACCACUGGUCGUGCCCGUGGUUUUGGUUUUAUUAUUUUUGCUGAUCCUUCUGUUGCCGAAAGAGUAGUCAAGGAGAAGCAUAUGAUUGAUGGUCGAACUGUAGAGGCAAAGAAGGCUGUGCCUAGAGAUGACCACCAGGUGAAUAGAAAUAGUGUAGGCAUGCAGUCUUCACCAGGUUCCAUUCGUACAAAGAAGAUAUUUGUGGGAGGUUUAGCAUCUUCAGUGACUGAGAGUGAUUUCAAGAAGUAUUUCGAUCAAUUUGGGACAAUCACAGAUGUUGUUGUGAUGUACGACCAGAACACACAAAGGCAUAGGGGUUUUGGAUUUAUCACUUAUGACUCGGAGGAAGCCGUGGAUAAAGUUUUGUACAAAACAUUUCAUGAACUCAAUGGUAAAAUGGUUGAGGUAAAGCGAGCUGUUCCUAAGGAGUUAUCAUCUCCAGGGCAAAUCCGCAGUCCACUAGGAGUAUCUCUGUUUGGCUUGAACAGAAUGAACAAUCUCCUUAGCGGUUACACUCUAGGCUACAAUCCAACCACAAAUGGAAGUUAUGGAGUAACAAUGGAUAGAAUCAGUCCAACUGCUGUUGGUCGUAAUCAAUACUCUUCCUUUAGCCCCUCCGGCUAUUCUCUGGGAAUUUUGGACUCAGCAUUGAGUUCAAAUUACAGGGGAGGCAGGAACUUUGGCUCUAACAUUGGUUAUGGACACAUUUAUGGUGGGAAUUCAACUAGGCCAAGUGAUCUAAUGGGAUAUACUUCUGGGAGGAUUGGAGGUAGCUCUAUGUUGAAUUGGAAUAUGUUGGAGAACGAAAUUCUUCGUAACAAUGCAAAUUCUUCCACUUUUAAUGAUUCUGUUAGCUCAGGAAGUAGCAGCAUUGGAUUGUCUUCUGCCUUUGGAGGCUUUGGAACUAUUUGGGAUUUGUCCACUGUUCCAGAUCACCAUAAAAGGAACAGCUCUUCUAGAAAUGACAUCAUCAACUACAAUAAUUCUGGGGUAGCAGGGUAUAGACCAUACAGUGGCAGCAUUAUUGGUGAAACAUCCACUCUUACCGGAAAAGAAGAUGUUCAUUCUGGAAGUCCUUAUGGAUCUGGAAGCCAUACAUCAUUCUUUGAAGACCAAACCUGGCAUUCAUUAUCAGCCGAUCGGGAGGGUUCGGGUUCUUUCCGCUAUGGGCUUGGAAGUAUGGCUUCAGAUGUUGUUAUGCCUAAAAACUCGCUUGAUUAUGCUGGUGCUUAUAGUAUUACAAAUAGAUCGAAUACAGGAAUUGCUGCGUAGGCAAAACAUUGUGGACUAUGGAUGUCAAGUGUUGAGUACUUGAGUAUGGCCAAAGUUAUGCCUUCAUGCAAAAUUAAAGUUUUUACUAUUUUAAACUGGUAAAUACACUAGAGAGAUUUCAAGUGCCUUGCGUAAAACUUAUCUCAAGGAAUAUUUGCGAGGUAGUUUCGGAAUGGUAUGUGAGCAUAAAGUUUUUUUUUGUAGGAUUAUUUUCUUUUGCUCUAAUUAUGAGGUUCAGAUGUAUAAUUGGAUAGCAGAACACGCUUAUGAUUAUUGUACAAUGCACAACACAUCGAGUGGGAGAAGUAGAUUUAGUGUUUUUAAAUAUAUUUGUCUUACAUUUUAUGUUGUAAAAGUUUCGAGAAAUGUUGCUUUAUCAUAAUAUAAAUGUACAUUGUCUUAUCAAAGGAAAAAAUCAUAGUUCAGUAAUACUUUGCUUUUUCUUUAUUGUUGAAUAACAUCCUUUAGAAAUG